AUGGAGCCACCCGAAUUGGAAACUUGUAUGAUUGACGCCUCAGAUACAGAUCCACAAGCUUCCAUUGAUGGCAUGCGCUGGGGACGCACUGUCACGCAAAUUCAGGUCGUGUUUGGUCUGCACUCAUUUGGAGUGACCAGUGAAGCGGCAAUAUGUGUCGCCAAGAUACUCACGGAUCAGACUCAGAUCGAGCUGGGGAUGACGGCGAGGGUCGUCGAAGCCAUGCUUCUGCGCAAAAGCGAGACGCAAGAGGAGAUAGCAAAUUGUGAUAACAAAUUCUAUUCACUCUCGGUCGGGCCGGCUGAAGAAGUGGGCAUGGUUGACUUUUUACAGUCUGAGCUGAGUCGACCUGACGACGCUACUGAAAAUCACAAUUCCGUCGUUGUGCGCUUCUUCCACGCUUCAUCUUCCGCCCCCUCUUCGGCCGCAGAUGAUGCGAGUCCCCGUUGGAAACGCCAUUCGACAGACCUCUUCAGAGCUGGAAUGAAUUCCGGCAAAGUCUCCGGUCGACACAAAUUCCAAUCGACCGACGAACAAAAAAUGUGUAGAUGGACAUACACAGACAUAAAAAAUGCUUUACUUUUGGAUGGUUCUAUGCCUGUAUAUGUAUUUUUAUGUGUGUAUGUGUGUGUGUGUGUGUGA